GGCGGCGGGGGCCGAGGUGCGCGCGGGGAGGGGCGGCGGCGCGUGGACGCGGCGGCGAGUGCUGGGCCCCGAGAGGCCGGGAAGAGAGCAGGAAGCCCAAAAUCAUGGUGCCAAAAGGGGGACUCUACACGUGUGAUGAUCCGGCACGCUGGCGGGCCGUUUUGAAUGUUUACCAGGAAGUCGUCGCAGCCAAAGGAAGCAAACAAAAAAACCUCAUUGCCUUGGACAACUGGUAUCAGGAGGAGUUACCGAAGUCUAUUAUGGGACGGGAAAUAAAGCAUUUAACAAAGCAGGAGCUGAUCAAGCUGAUGGAAUGGAAGCUUUCUAGGGGCAAGUUUCGUCCUCGCUUGCAGCAACUGGUGGCCACUAAUGCCGAGGAGGUGGUAGAACAGUGCACAAAAAAGGGCUUCCAACUCCUCCCUGAUGUUGCAGCGGCCAUCAGUGAACUGAGCAGGCUGAAGGGUGUGGGACCUGCAACGGCCUCGGCAAUUCUAGCAGCUGGAGCACCGGAUGUUGUGCCGUUUAUGGCUGACGAAGCGGUGGCAUCCAUCUCAGGCCUUGCUCCGAUCCAGUACACCCUCAAACAUUACAUGCAUUACCUGGACCAGAUCCAAAGCCGUGUGAAGAAGCUAAACAAAGCUGACCCAGUGAAAACAUGGACACCACACCACGUUGAGAUGUGCCUCUGGGCUUGGAGUGUAGCUGAAAAAUUGCAGUUGUCUUUGGUACAAACGUCAGGCAUGGAGAAAGAGGAAGCAAGCUGCUGUGCCGAAACAGACAUGCCCAGCAAGCGACGGAAAACAGAAUGACACUUGAACGUGGGCCUCUCUUCCUCGACCUGUGAACACUGAAGCUCAGUCAUGCACAGAGGCCAUCCUGUUAUUCUGGAUCUCAGGAAUGUGCAGAGGAGGCUUCAUGCCGGGCUCAGCGUAGCGCAACCGUGCAGCAUCAGUCCACUCCCUGGAUGCAGCUCUGCACGCAGGACCCGGUGCGUGCAGCACCGGAGCGGCCAGUCCCCCAGGAAAUAGGCUGGGCUUCCUGACUUGAACAUGCACACAGUGGGCAGAUCCCAACAGCAGCAUGGGAAACGCCCGCACAUGCUUCCUUCAGCGUGCUAAUUGUCUCUGCCUGCCCUGUUAUCUCAGGAGUGGCGCGUUUCGCAAGGCCUCCUUGUUGGCACCUGCAACAGUCGCCAUGAUAAUUGCGUGCCGUUCCAUCCAAUGCGUACCACACCAUGUUUGUCCCCUUUGCAGGAAGUUCUGAUCCUGGAAUGUGUGUUUCAUAUACUCCAGAAUUUUGGAUCUGCUUUAGGCGGGUGCAGCUGUGAUGCUCUUCAUACAUCUGAAUCAUGGAGUGAUUUCCCCUGGGGACUGUCUUUCCCUUAAUGGCCGUCUCGGGCAGCGCAUGGCUGGGCAAACUGACUUGCCCUAGCCGGAGGCAAUUUGGAAGAGCAUCUCUGCUGCAAAAGAUCUCCCUUCUAAACGAGCUCUCCCUUCCGCACUCUAUAAGUUCAUGGUUUAUUUAAUGUACACUGCAAAUCUUCCAACCGGUUUUGUGGUUUUGUGGCUACCUACAAUUUCUUGUGAAUAGUCUCUGCUAGUGAAAUAGCUUUGACCUAAUUAUGAUUUGUCAUCACUUUGUGAUUUUUACUAAUAAAAGAGGGUGCUCUUUAAGUGUGUGGACACUCACAUUCAAAAAUAUUACGAUAGAGAAAAGAUCAUCUGUACCUGAAUAAUUUUAUUAUUCCUGUACCUCACAAAUAAAGUCCUUUCUGUGCACGA